UGAGAUUAGCGAUGAAAUAAAUACUGAAUUUGUUGAACAAGUAAAAAUUGCUGAAGAAUUUAAUCAGAAUUUACCUGAGGAGAUAAGAUAUCCAAACUGCUUGCUGAAGGGAACUGUUCUUCAUAGUGAAUCGCUUUCUAAUGUUACUCAAGAGUUGUCUACUAUGAGUUUGAAGAGUUUGAAUGUGGAAGAUGAAUGA